GAAAUAAAAAAAAAAUAAAUGCGACCAUUUCAAAGCGAGCUUCUCGCAAUAUCAACGGGGUCUGAAUUGUCUCUCUCUCUCCUCACAAUCACACGGACCACCGAUGGCGAAAGCGAUGGUACGGAGCAUUGUCUCAGUGGGUGGUGUUGGUGUUUUCCUCCUCCUCCUCCUUGUUAUGCUUCUUCUGAUCCUCCUCAUCGUUUUCAUAGCCUUCAAGUGCAAACCAUGGCGUUUCGUCUUUGGUACCUCUCGCACUGGCACGAUCAAGGUUGAUGACAUAGAGCGGCGUCUUGUUUCAGAAGAUUUGAAUCUGGUCCAAAACCAGAGCAAUGAGUUUGCGAGAAAUUAUGCUCUAGAGGGGGCAUAUCAACUAAAGCAAGCAGGUUUCAAUUCAUCCCGGAAGCAAGGACUUGCUUAUAAACAAAGGCCUCCAUCUACAACUCCACAAUUGACCCAUAGUGAUAGCUUUGUUCUAGACAUUUCUGACCCUUCAGAGGAUAUUUUGGUUGGUCAGACGCUUAAGCUUCCAUUGUUGACAAACCAGGCUGAUCAGCAUAAACAUGAGAGAAAGGAAGAUUUGAAAUAUAGUUCGAAAUCUGGUGUAGAUAACUACUGCAGACCAAAAAGUGCAGGAAGUGCAGGAAGCAUUCUCACGCUGGAGGUUAUCUCUGGUCCUUCUUGUGGGCUUCGUUGUUCGAUACAGUCUUCAAAUAUAUCUAGGCUUCCACUAACUCUUGGAAGAGUUUCACCAAGUGAUGUGUUAGUGAAUGAUUCAGAGGUUUCAGGGAAGCAUGCACUGAUAAACUGGAAUUUGAAUAAAUUGAAAUGGGAGCUGGUCGACAUGGGUAGUUUAAAUGGAACACUCUUGAAUUCUCAGUCAGUACACCAUUCUCAUUCUGGACACAGACAAUGGGGUGAUCCGAUUGAGCUCACAAAUGGGGACAUAAUAACUCUUGGCACAACUUCAAAAAUAUGUGUUCAGAUUACUUCUCAAAAAGAGUAUCAGAUCCCCUUUGGAGUUUGUGUGACAUCGGAUCCCAUGGCUCUGCGUCGAGGAGGAAAGAAGCUACCCAUGGAAGAUGUCUGCUAUUACAAGUGGCCUCUUCCUGGGGCCGAUCAGUUUGGAGUGUUUGGUAUAUGUGACGGACAUGGAGGAGCAGGUGCUGCCACAUCUGUUGGCAAAAUAAUGCCUGAGAUGGUUGCUAGUAUUUUGGCGGAUUCGUUCAGAAGAGAGGGGAUCUUGUCGCAAUGUGAUGCUUCAGAUGUCCUUAGAGAAGUAUUUUCUCAAACAGAAGCAUCCUUGAAUCACUACUAUGAGGUUGUUACCCAACUUGGCUUUACUAGCACUGGGUGUACUGCAACAAUGCUACUGGUUUGGGCUGAUGGUCAUGAAAAUUUCUUUGCGCAAUGUGCAAAUGUUGGAGACUCAGCUUGUAUUGUAAAUAUUAAUGGGAAGCAGAUUAAGAUGACGGAAGACCAUAGAAUAACCAGUUAUUCUGAAAGGCUCCGUAUCCAAGCGACUGGAGAACCUUUGAAAGAAGGGGAAACGAGAUUAUGUGGUUUAAAUCUUGCUCGGAUGCUCGGGGACAAGUUUCUUAAACAGCAGGAUGCUCGCUUCAGUUCAGAACCUUAUAUAAGUGAAGUUGUGCAUAUACCUCAAGCCAGCCGGAGUUUUGCCCUAUUGGCCAGUGAUGGCUUUUGGGAUGUCAUUAACUAUAAGAAAGCAGUUCAGCUUGUACAUCAGACAAGGGAGAGAAACACUACGGCUGAGAAUUCUGCAGAAAUAAUUGCAAAUUUUCUGUUGAGUGAGGCAAGAACGCAGCGGACAAAGGAUAACACCUCUAUAAUUUUUUUAGAUUUUGACACCAACAAUAGAAUCUAUUCUUGUAAACAUGAUCCUUAGGCCGACGCAAUGUUCCACAUUUUAUAAUUUUUAUCAUUGUAAUUUUUGUUUAAAAUGUCUCUCCCUGUACUUCCAGACUGUCCUGUCUGUCUCUCGCACGCACUCACACAUACAUCUCGAU